GCGAGAAUAAUUCCGCUCGCGAGUUCGAUCGUUUAGAAGGACAGCCCUCGACGCUCUUUUACUUCGUCAGAUACUCAUUCAUUCGUUUUCGCGCCAACUUUGCUAUGCGUUCCUCCUUUGCGGUAGUAGCCGCCGCCUUGUCGGUUGUGCGCGCGCAGUCACCGUCACCAUCGCCAUCACCAUCAGAUAAGCGCGGUCUCGUCUUCGUGCCCAACAAGGAUAGCCCAGAGGAUAACUCGAUCUGGGUCCGAGACGGCUCUGAUUUGACAUGGUACUACAACUACCACCCGGACCCGUCUCCUGUAUACGCCGACCAACCGCAGAGUGACUUCGAAUUCGUGCCAAUGCUAUGGGGCUCUCUCGACGACACGUCGUUUCUGGAUACCGUCAACGGACUGAUCGAAGAUGGGCGCAACAUCAGCCACGUGCUGACAUUCAACGAACCCGACGGGCCGAGCCAAUACGGAGGAAGCGAUAUAUACCCCUGGAAGGCUGCCCAAGUCUGGGUCGACAAUAUCAUACCGUUGCAAGAGAAGGGAAUCAAGGCCGGGUUACCGGCUUGCACGGGCGGCACAGGCGGGAUUCCCUGGCUGCAGGAAUUCUUGGGCAACUGUUCGCAACUCAUCAGCACCGAUGAUAACAAGAAGAACUGCUCCUACGACUUUGUGACAAUCCACUGGUACGGAAACUUCGAGGGCCUGGCAAGUCAUCUUGGUGAAUAUGCUGCUGCGUUCCCGAACAAGACGCAGUGGAUCACCGAGUACAACUUCGACAACCAGGACCUCGAGACGACUCAGAAAUUCUAUCUCACCUCUGCCGAGUACUUCGACCGUAUAGAUAGCGUUGCGCGUUACAGCUUAUUUGGCUCAUUCCGUUCAGAUGUUAGCAACGUCGGCCCCAACGCCGUCAUGCUCAACAACGAUGGCGAGCUGACGGAUAUCGGCUCCUGGUACCUGGGCGGCCAAGCCACCGGCGUAGAUCCCCAGUCUGGUCGGGCUGGACGGACACAGACUGGUGUGCUGUUGGCUAUGACAGUGGCACUCAUUGGUAGCUUUGCACUCUUCUAGACGUGCGUGUAGCUAAAGCAUUCAGAAGGUGGACAAGUAAUGAAAGAAAUAAUGGGAGAAUGGAGAUGAUAGCUCUCCAAGUCACGAUUCGAGAGCUUACUAUUGCUGAUAGGAUACUCAUGGUUUAUGGUUCAUCUUAUACGGGAAUGUUUGGAAUUCGGUAUAGGGCGUUAUGAGACCCAGUUGGCAUGUCUCCGAACCAGAUAUAGAGUUUUGCAUAUACAUAGUGCAAAGAUACCAGGCGUUUGGG